CUGCAGCGGGUGCGGGCGGUGCAGCAGGAGCAGAGCCUGUGCCUCAUCUGCCAGGAGGUGGUGGCGGAGCGGCCGUGCUAUGACACCCUGGUCUGUCCCACCUGCACCAGCGCCUGGUUCCACCGCCACUGUAUUCAGGGCCAGGCGCUGCGCUCUGCCCUGCACUACUUCCGCUGCCCUCUCUGCAAUGACAAGGACACUUUCCAAAAAGAGAUGUUCCGCCUGGGCAUCAAAAUCCCAGACAGGGAUGCUGCCUGGGAGGAGAAUGGAGCCUUUGCCAGCCUUUAUGAGCGGCACAGAUCCUGCGACACCAGCCAGUGCCUGUGCCCCGCGGGACGGGAGGAGGCAGAGGAGAAUGGGUGA